GGCAGGGCUGUCUAUUCUCUCCCCGUUAGCUUUAUCGUAGUGCUGAAACGCAGCAGCAGCUCGACGGAGAUACGCAGAUCUAAGCGCUGCUGAGGAUAUCGCUUCACACAGCGUCGACAUAGCAGCAUGGUACGCAACACAUCACAGGUGCAUUCGGUGGGUCAGGGAGGUUGUAGUUGAGACACGGGCAAGGACGGGGACGGUGGCGGCAUCACCCUUGCUAGUCAGGCAGUGUCGGGUGCAUUCGUUGGCUGGCCUCUGUUCGGAGAGGCUCCCCUGUCGUUGAGCCCAUCCGAACAGAUCUGAAUAUGGCCGUUGAUGUCUUCCUUCUGCUGCAUGUGUGUGUGUGCGUGUGUGUGCAGGCACAGCCUCAGCAGGCUCAGCAGCCGCAGCCGCAGCCGCAGCAGCAGCAGGCGAUGCCUGAGUUCAAGCUAGUGCUGGUGGGUGACGGCGGUGUCGGCAAGACCACCCUCGUCAAACGGCACCUCACCGGCGAAUUCGAGAAGAAAUACAUCGGUCAGUCAGCAGACAGAGCAGACAGCCUAGAAGCACUUGACUUUGUCGCGUUUCGUUUGUGUGUCGAUUGUGUGUUGUGUUGUGUGUGGAUAUGAUUCAGCUACGUUGGGUGUGGAGGUUCAUCCGCUGGUCUUCAGCACCAACUUCGGCCCCAUCAAGUUCAACGUGUGGGACACGGCCGGACAGGAGAAGUUCGGAGGGCUCAGGGACGGAUACUAGUAAGGAAGGCACACACACACACACGCACACACACACACACAGACGGCAAUCGAUGAGGACCUGCCGCAUGGAGCCCUACGCUGUGUGUGCCUCUCCUCUGUCUGUUUUCAGCAUUCAGGGUCAGUGUGCGAUCAUCAUGUUUGACGUGACGAGUCGCAUCACCUACAAGAACGUCCCCAACUGGCACCGCGACCUCGUGCGGGUCUGCGAGAACAUCCCCAUCGUACUCGUCGGCAACAAGGUAAGCAAGAUGCAACCAACGGAAUGAACGAACGACACACGAGCCAGACGGGCGCACUGCCGCAAUGUGCCUGUCUGUGUGUCCAGGUUGACGUGAAGGAUCGUCAGGUCAAGGCUCGUAACAUCAUGUUUCAUCGCAAGCGCAAUCUGCAGUACUACGACAUCUCGGCCAGGUCCAACUACAACUUUGAGAAACCUUUCCUCUGGCUCGCCAGAAGGCUCACCAAGUAAGAACAAGGCCGAGGCCGCACUACGACCGACAGCCAUCCAUCCAUCCAUCGUGUGUGCUGCAUUGUGUUGAUUGUAUUGCAGCCAGCCCGAGUUGAAGUUUGUGGGUCAGUUUGCCAAGGCGCCCGAGAUCCAGAUCGACCCCGAGCUGGUCAAGCAGCACGAACAGGAGCUGCAGCAGGCCGCCACCGCACCCAUCGAGGUAUGGAUGUAUGUACGGCGGAUAAAAAACACUCUCACACCAAUGAAUAGAGAGAGGGAUGCGUGGGCAGAACUGCAUGGGUCUGUGUGUCGUGUGCUGUGUUGUGUUGUGUUGUGUUGUGUUGUGUUGGUCUUGCAGGACGAUGAUGAGGACCUGUAGAUGCUGACGGUGGAUGGAUGGCCAUGCAUCGUCAUCGCUUCCCUAGUCACUGCCUGACUGACCGGCUUUCGCCUGCCCCCCCUCUCUACUCACAUAACCUACCUACCUACUUACCUACACGUGUGUGUCUGUCUGUGUGCCGUCCCACCACCCACCCCCUCCCCCAGCACCCACCGACCAACUGCCCAUCCAUCCAUCCAUCCAUCCGCUUACAUGCCCACACCAUCCGGCCGCCCGUCCCUAUUCUACGUGUAUGCAUUCCGUGGGUGGUGAUCGAUCACGAGAUGGUGGGCCACUGUGCAGUGUGUGACGUUUUAAGCUGUGGGUGGAGUGGAAAAGUGGAGUGGACUGACCGGCCGACGGACCUACCUGCCUACGGGGUGGGGGAUGCGAUGCGAUGCACAGGCGGACACACGUCUGGCUGUCUGUCUGUCUGUCUGGCUGUCUUGAUUUCUGCCUGCCGUUCUUUUUGGCCUGCCUGGCCUGCACGUCUGUGUUUUUGCACCCAUACCCAUCCACGGGCCGGGCCGCCUGGGCCGGGCGUGUGUGCGUGUACGGUGGGUGUGGUAUGCAUACAGCGUGUUUCACCAUAGAUUGCAAUGACUGACAGUGCAGUGGCAGUAUGAUGAUUGACGGAUGGCUGGCCGGAACAGACACACAGGAUGGAGGGAUGGGAGGGAUGGGACUGCUAGCUAGGGGUGGGGGCGAGUGUGUGAGCAGACUGUCUGUGUAUGCCUUUGUACCUGCCUGCCUGCAUGGAUGCGUGGAUGCCAUGACUAUCUUGGUUCGUGUAAAGCUCUAUCUUUACUCACGCAUCGCGUGCUCUCUUCCAUUGACUGCAUCAACCAACGUG